UAAAAUAGUUUUGUCUUGAACUAUUUAUUCCGCGGAUUGUCAUUAUGCAAAUUGUUUGAGCGGGAAGUGAAAUGACGCCAUUUUGAAAAUGAGAAUGUAAACAGAAGACAAGUUGCAAGUCGUCUGCCCAAAUAUUUUUGAGUAUUUGAUCUUCCAUCCAGAGUUUCAAGAUGUUCUAUGCACAUUUUGUGCUGACCAAGAAGGGGCCUCUCGCAAGGAUAUGGCUUGCAGCCCAUUGGGACAAGAAGCUUACCAAAGCCCAUGUAUUUGAGACAAACAUUGAUAGCAGUGUGGAGGCCAUUAUGAAACCAAAGGUGAAGCUAGCACUUCGAACAUCUGGUCAUCUGCUGCUUGGUGUGGUCCGCAUUUACUCCCGCAAAGCAAAGUAUCUGCUGGCUGACUGCAAUGAGGCAUUCGUUAAGAUCAAGAUGGCCUUUAGACCAGGGGUGGUUGAUCUUCCUGAAGAAAACCGUGAGGCGAAUGUGGCUGCUAUCACACUUCAGGAGAACUUUCAUGACUUUGAUGCUCUUGAAGACUUGCAUGAUAUUGACAUGACUGCACAGUUUUCUACUGUAAACCAAAGCAGGCCUGAAGAAAUCACCAUGAAGGAGGACCUAGCAACGAUAUCGUUUGUUGGCGAUGAUAAUUUUGGUGACAUGGGUUUUGAUGGGAAUUUCGAGGACUCUUACAUGAAGAGUCCGCAGGCAAUGGAGAUGUCUGCAGUCCACCCUAAAGACAGCACCCUCCUUCCUGAGCCAUCUACAUCCCAAGCCAUGGACGUCGACCUGCAUCAGAUAGACGAUGGAUUUGGUGGUGGAUUCAUGGAUGAUGAUGACGACGAUAAUGAUGCAGAUAGUUUUGGCGGAGCAGUUACAAAUGAAUUUUUAGAUGAAGACCUAAUUACUGGUGGAAAUCUGUUUGAGGACACACCUGCAGUACCUGAGCUUCCUGUCAGUGCCCAAGCACCGAUGCCGAAAGAAAUACCAAUUCCCCAGCCUAUGGCCCCAUCUGAUAGCAUGAUGACUGCCACACCCCUGCCUGGUCCUGCAGGGGAGCAGACCACUCUCAUCACUAAUGAAAAUGAGGCGUUUGCUCUUGAACCCCUGGAUGCCUCACACAUGCCAGGUAUUGGUGAGAGAAGGAAAAGGAAACGCAAGCUGAUAGUGGAUGAACAGCAGGGUAUUCCCAGUGAGACUAUGAAGCUACAGCUGUCUGACACCACCGAUAUCAUCACCACACUAGACCUCGCACCACCCACUAAGAAACUCAUGCACUGGAAGGAGACAGGAGGCUUCGAGAAGCUUUUUGCUUUGCCCGGGUGUACCAUUCGCUCCAAGGGGAUUCUCAAGCUAUUCAAGAGGAGCUUGAAGACCAGACAGUUGGAGGAGGUGGAGGCAGAUGAGGAGAGGCUUGAGCUGGAGGCAGCCGAGGUCAUGAGAGAGGAGGAGAGAUCUGUCACUGACAAAUCCAGGGUAGGAAUGUCCACAUUGCGACCGGACAUCAGCACAAUCCUGGAGGAAAACUCUAUACUGGAGAUUUCAAAGAGGUCCCGUCACAGCGAGGCACCCAUUCCAGAGAUGCCAACGCCGAGAACUCCACGCCACAGCAUGAACGUUCCAGAGCCCCAGAACAUCUCAGCUAACAUUUCAGCCAUCUUUGGUGCUUCAGUAAUGGAGCCCAGUCACAUGGACCUUCCAGAAGUACCGAGCCUUAUUCAGCCUCACUUCGAGGAUGAUGGACCUCCAUCCAUUGCACCCUUCAGUGUGGCACCACACUCAGUUGCGCCAGAGUCUGUUGGACCAGUGUCGUUUGGUGCCGAUGUGGAGGGUGGGGAGGAAAUGCCAGAGACUGUGGAACAAGAAGAGAAACGCUGGACAAAACGUACAGAACAGAUGCAGCAUACCCUAGAUCAAGGCUUUAGAUACACUGACGAGCUGAGUUUUAAGGACAUGGCUAGAAAGCUUAACCGUAAGCAGGUCACAUCCAAAUUCUACACGCUUCUGGUGUUGAAAAAACACAAAGUGGUAACAGUCAAUCAAACAGAGCCAUUCGGAGAUAUUCUUAUCGGCAAAGGGCCUAAGUUCGGAAUUUCUUGUUAAUGUUUAACAACGUAUCUGUCUGUUUUUCAAUAUGUUUGUGUAGUUGAAAAAAUAUUGUGAAUGAUGUUGAUAAAGAUCUAUGUGAAUAUGUGUCUGUUUACUGUAAAUGCAUAUUUUUAUUAAUUCGUAUUUAUAGAGUUUGUUGUCUGUGUAUUGUUGAAAUAACUUUGAAAUGAUUGUUUGUAACAGGCUGUUUCAAAGUGCUUUGUCAGUGAUCGUAUGUUAGCAAGAAAAAAUACAUUCAAGCAUUCAAAAUUAGCUUGUAAUGUUUUGUCCAUAGAGGUAAUAGCCCUGUUUUAAUGGCUUUAUUGGCUUAAACCUUUUUGUUUGUAUACAUUAUAUCAAAAAUAUAAAGCUCAUUGAGAUACUCUGGAGUCUGUUUCCUGGAAAACAAAGGCUUAAUUAUUGAAGAAUAUUUAAAAUACCCAAACUUUUUAUAAUUAAAUACUAAUAAUCUUAAUAAAAACUUAUUAUUUGGGAAAAUGCUUCGUGUAAGUGUCAUGAAAUUUACACCUCAAUUUGUUAUUAAAACAAGUAAACUUGAUUCAUUACUCGUUAAUAACAUACGCACUAUCAAAUUUACAAUUGCUUAUAUUUUGUGACUUUCUUUUAGUCUUGCCCUGAACUUUUUGUCUAAAAUACAUCUUCAAGCUGAAAAUUCAGGCUCAAUUCGUGAACACUGGUCUGAUAUUAAGGCUCACAUGUUUAUAUAUGUAAAUUGCUGUUCAGUUGUAUGUUUGGAUUGCUUAGCAAGCAGCCUAAGGCAGCAAUACAUUGUAUUAUCAUUGUCAUGUUUCACUUCUCUGAUCAAUUGUCUUCUUAACUUGUAAUAAAUACUUACAGAAAAAUUGUAUGACAAUGCACAGUGUAACUGUACGUCAUAAAAUGAUACAAGUCAUGUUAUGGUAUGGUAUGAAACUCGACUUUUCUGUGCAUUGAUGUACACUAUUUUGAGUUAAGUAUUUUUAUAAGUUCAUGUAAAUCUUUCUAUUGAAUGUUUAUUGUGAAUAAAAUAAUUUAGUUUUCUUCAUAUUGAAAUGUAUAUUUUCUUUUAGUGAUUUACUUUCACAUAAUGUGCACAAUGUGACUUUAAUUGACUGCAUAUUCACACAAAUAUAAUAUCUGUAAUAUUCAUGAUGGAACAGAUAACAAAUUAUGCUUUCUCUCAACUUCUACACCAUCAAAUUUGAGUUCUUUUUUGUACAAGAUAACAUAUUUUGGUAUUAAUCAAUUAUAUUACAAAUGUUACAGUAAAAAAUAAUUUCUUUUGAUGCACUAUAAAGACGUGUAGAUGAAGAUGUUACCAUCUUCAAUUGUGUUUGUGUCAUUACUUUUCCACAAAAUUAUUUAAAUCAAGUUGAACAUUUGUAUUUUUCAACAAUAAAAUAAAGAACAUUUCUUUAGUCACUGGAUAGAAUGUGUUUACAGUUUGAUAAUAUUUUUAAACAAUUUAUUUUUAUCAGUACUUAUUGAAAACGUCUAAAUAUUUUUAGAUGGCAUUUUAUAACUGUUUUAGAGAGAGACUUAAGUUGGUCUGUGAUUUGUUUGAAACAGCAAUUUGAAAGGCACUCAUUGUAUAGAUAUAAGCACAUUUUAUCUUUAUUUUUUAAAGCAUUACUCAAAAUAUUCCUGUUUAUUGUGUGCUCUAACAUUGGCCACGUCAUUUGUGCACAUACUAAGUUAUAGUUGACAGUGUAAAUACAUAGUUUUAAACCAUUAAAUCUGUGUUCAGUUCAAACCAUUUGUAUCAUUAAAUCAGUUCAUAUUUCCUAAAAUUCAUCUUAUUAUUUGAGGUCAAAUAAAAUUGAUUUCUU